CUUCCACAACCACUGCAUCUUCGAAGCGUUCCGGAGCGACACCCGAUGCCCCACCUGUCGCCGGAGAUUUCGCCGGAACGAUGCUUAAAAUCUCUUCCUAUUAGGUGAUAUAUAUAUAUAUAUAUAUAUAUAUAUAUAUACCUCAAUCUGCAGCAUAAGAAUGGGUGCGGAAGAAGGGAUGGACCGCAGGGGGGAGCAUCGAAUUUCUAUUGUUGAUAAUGCUAGCGGAUCUGGUGGAAGAGUCGGAACCGAAAUUGAUCAAGAGGAGGUUAGUAGUCUUCCUAUCAAUUCGAAUGAGGAUGAGAAGUGGAUUAGAAAGUUGCAGGAAAAAGUCGAGCGUGCAUUCCCUGGUUCGACACACUGGCCCUCGCAGUUCGUCGAUGAAACAGAACCCAAGAUCUGCAUGUUCACGAUGCGCGAGGAGAUCUCGCGGCCAAGGUCGGUGACAAAAGGGGAGUUCUCUCAGCCAAGGGUGGUAAGAAUAGGGCCAUUUCAUAGGAAGGUGAGGACGAGUAUUUCCAACAACAAGAAAUGGAUGAUUGUGUACUUCGUGAACUAUUUGUAUCGUCUCGACUUGGCAGGCUGCAUCAUAAAGAUAAAAAAUCAAGUAGCGACUGCUCGCAGAGAUUACACCGAAUUAGAUGUACUUGAAAGCUUCGGCUUGAAAGAUGACAAUAGAUUCGCAAAGAUGUUGCUGCUGGAUAGUUACUUCAUCUUGUUUGUCUUAACAGUUAAGAUACGUAAAAGACCGUCAGGUUAUACACUGAUGCCGACGACGCCUGAUUCUGCAAGGCUGCUCAACCUAUUUCGAGACGACACAACUGAAGUUCUCGACAUCAUAUUCCACAAAGACGAGAUCGCGCCUGAUCUGUUGAUCUUCGAUAAUCAAAUCCCUUUCUUUGUGAUUGAGGAGCUUUUUAAGGAGCUCAAGUGGAAUAAGCCCCUCCAUGAGUAUGCCCUUGAGUUCUUCAGGACAAUCCAUCCAAGGCCCGCACGACAUUGCAUAGACGAAGAUAGUCCUCCCAAAUUCUUACAUCUGCUCGAUCUUUUCCACUGGUCUCGGGUCCCAAAGAGUAAGUACAUCGAACUUAGUUCCUCUUCUAAACAGCUAGAUUCUAUCGACUUGGCACGCCGGAGUCCGAAUGCGAUGGAACCUAGAGAAACCGCAACAAUGUUUGGAAAGAAGAAGCCUCGGCAGCAAGAUUCUAUUAACUGGGCACGCCAUACUCCGAAUGCGAUGGAACUUACAGAAUCCGCAACACUGUUUGAAAAGAAGACGUCCGGCAGCUCACUGGAUAUCACAUUCCGGAGACGUUGGUUUAAACGCAUUGGUGGGGUGCUCGACAUCCCAGAGUUACACAUCCGCGACUACAGCAGCUUCAUCUUCCAUAACCUCAUCGCGUUCGAGAUGCAAUCUUCAAGCCGGGGUCGCUGCACCAUGGCCUUUUCCGUACUUAUGCGGAACUUGCUGCAGAGCCAGGAAGAUGUGAAGCUGCUUCGGCAACGUGGCAUUUUGGCGAGCUCGUCCAUAACCGACCGCAAACUCGUCAACAUGUUCAAACGCUUGAGCGGAUUGACCGAAAGCUAUCAAAUGCCGAGCGAUCUAUGUCACAUUUGCCAUCGGGUCCAGUCCCACCACAACCACGGAAUGAGCCAAUUCUGCGGCAGCGUCAUUCUCAAGUUCUUCCCCAACCCACUGGUGACUCUUUCUGUGUUUAUUGCUAUCUUGCUCUUUGUUCCCACCCUCCUCCAGACCAUAUAUAAUACACUCAAAUACUACCAUCGUUAAAUGCUCAACAUGUUACUGCAUGUCUAGCUAGCGUGACAGUAAUGCAUGCAUAUAUAUGUUGCUGAAAUAAAACAAUUUAUUGUACUACCAAACUGGAUGGAUAUAUUUACAUGUAACGUUCUCUAUUGCUACCUGAUCGAGUUGGUUUUUGAA